CGAACUUCACUCAUAAAUUAAGCUGUUCACGAUGCUGCGCACGUUUUCUCAAUAAGAUAUAGUUAUUAAACUAUUAUCUUAAGCCCAGUAAAAGUUGAAACCGUUAACUUACAUUCGGCUUGUAUUACAUAUGCAACAACAAACAGCUGUAAAGAAAAGUCUCUCAGAAAAUAAAUCCUGAGACAGCUAGCUGUUGGCUAACGUUGCCUUGGCAACGUCUUAACUCCGAUUACCCAGCUAAAAUUUUAAAACUUGUUACUGUUUAACUUCUGCUCCCGGAUUGACACGCACGCUUGUUAAGAAAGAAACUACAAAAACGACGAUAUGUAAUUUUUUAAUACGCAUUUUCAUUUAGGACGUUUUAAUAAUUGUUUCGUGUUACAGUAGCUAGCUACAGAUCCGCCCGUGGUCUGCCAUGUUUGUUUACAGUGACGUCAUGAGACAGGACCACCAUAGAGCCAGAGCAGCUUCUUUAAAAGAGAAGACAGUGAAGAAAUGUCUGCUCCCGACAAUGCCACAGCUAGACCUAACGUGGACCAGAAGGUGCUGCAGUAUGAAACCUUCAUCAAUGAAGUCCUGAAGAGAGACUUACAGAAGGUGGUGGAGCAGAGGGAUCAGGUUUAUGAGAAGAUCUCUCAGUACCUGCAGCUGAAGAACACCAUACAGAGUCUGCAGGAGGCGGGCUCUCAGCAGCUGAAGACUGACGUUGAUCUUGGCUGUAACUUCUACGUUCAGGCUGAAGUGUGAGUUGCUGACACACGAAGGUCAUCAGCAGCUGUUCUGCAUUCAAACAGGCACAAAUGCUGCAUUUAGGCUAAUGAAAUGUGCUGCGAGACUCCAGAGAGGCAAGAGGAUCCGUGC